AUGAUUCAGUUUUGUGUACUUGUUCUGCUCUCAGCACUAGAACCAUCUGAUUCAGCUACAUAUUACUGUGCUGUUGCAUAUUACACAAGUGUUGCCUUAUUAGACUGUACAGUUUUCGUACUCAAAGGUUCAUCUUCAAGUAUCUCUGCUGUUCUCCAGCCUCCUGUAUCAGAUCCUGUUGAACUGGGAGGAGAUACAACUUUGCAGUGUUCAAUACUCACAGAUACGUCUGCAGGAGAACACAGUGUGUACUGGUUCAGACAUGGAUCAGGAGAAUCUCAUCCAGGAAUCAUUUACACUCAUGGAAACAGGAGUGAUGAGUGUAAGAAAAGCUCUGAGACUGAUUCUCCUACACAGAGCUGUGUCUACAAACUCCCCAAGAGAAACCUCAGCCUCUCUGAUGAUGGAACUUACUACUGUGCUGUGCUCAUGUGUGGAGAGAUCAUCUUUGGGAACGGAACUAAACUGGACUUUGUAGGCGCUUUGGACCCAACCAUUGUCGUGUUAGUGGUGUCAAACAUCAUCUCCUUGGCUGUGGUAGUAUUUGUGUGUAGAAAACACAGCAGUCAUCAUAAAGAUGCUGCUGAAGGUCACACAGUUCAUGCAGAUCAGGUAAUUAAUUCACUCUGUAAAUCUUUGCUGAUAAACUCGACUAUGAGGCUACAGAAUGUCUGAUUAUGCAGUGAAACUGUGAAAUACAGUGUAAUGAUUCAGUCUCUUUCUGCAGGCUGCAUGUGAUGAAGCUUCGUACUUUGCAGCAAAGAGUUUUAACAGUGAACCACAGCAGAUCACUGAAG